UAUAAUUUUUUUAAUCAGUCACAAAAAAUGGAGAGUUUCAGCUGCAAUUGUUUCGUUUUCAAUUUUAUUCAAUUUCAACACGGUUAACCGUAUGUUUUAAUAUAACUAUUGUUUUUUAAUUAGUUUUUAGUUAAACAAGAAGAAUGCAGUCAUAAAACCGGCGUUCUGUUUCGGUUUGCAAAUUAAAUUUCUGAAGAAAAAAAAUUAAUGCAAUGAUAACAGUGUUUAUUGUCUUGGGUCACAACGUGUGAACGUCAGGGAAUUAUAAUAAAUUUUGGCGUACAAUGAGCUAAAAUUGGCCAAUUUUCGUUGAGGAAUAUAUACAAUUAGGUGCCAUGCAGAAAAGGGACCGGGAGAAGGAACAAAACGGUAAGGAUGACAAGCGCGGUGGAAAAUCCACCGGAUCGAGGGCAAUGCAUUCAGCAGUUGCCGGACGUCAUGGCUUGUCAUCAUCAGCCAACUCUAGUGUACUCAUGGUUGGUCCAAAUUUCCGUGUUGGCAAAAAGAUUGGCUGUGGAAAUUUCGGGGAACUAAGACUUGGAAAAAACUUAUACACAAAUGAACAUGUGGCAAUAAAAAUGGAGCCAAUGAAGUCUAAAGCGCCUCAAUUACAUUUGGAAUAUCGCUUUUAUAAAUUACUUGGAUCUCACGCUCCUGCUUUCUUCUCAGACGGCAUACCAGAAGUAUUUUUUUUUGGUCCAUGUGGCAAGUAUAAUGCUUUAGUCAUGGAACUCCUUGGUCCCAGUCUUGAGGACUUAUUUGAUAUGUGUGGGCGUGAGUUUUCGCUCAAAACUGUUCUCAUGAUUGCCACCCAAUUGUUGCACAGGAUAGAAUAUGUCCAUGGCCGACAUCUUAUAUAUAGAGAUGUUAAACCAGAAAACUUUCUUAUUGGUCGUACUUCAACAAAAAAGGAUAAAACUAUUCAUAUUAUAGAUUUUGGUUUAGCUAAAGAAUACAUAGAUUUAGAAACAAAUAAACAUAUACCAUACCGGGAACAUAAAAGUUUAACUGGUACAGCAAGAUAUAUGAGCAUAAACACACAUUUAGGAAAAGAACAAAGUCGGCGAGAUGAUUUAGAAGCUCUUGGGCAUAUGUUUAUGUACUUUUUACGAGGCUCAUUACCAUGGCAAGGCUUAAAAGCUGAUACUCUUAAAGAAAGAUAUCAAAAAAUUGGUGAUACAAAACGAGCCACUCCUAUAGAAGUUUUGUGUGAUGGAUAUCCCGAGGAAAUGGCUCAGUAUUUACGUUACGUUAGACGAUUGGAUUUUUUUGAGACACCAGACUAUGAAUAUUUGCGUACAUUAUUCAAAAAUUUGUUUGAGAAAAAAGGUUAUGUUAAUGACUCUGAAUUUGAUUGGACGGGCAAAACAAUGAAACGUGGCUUGUUUAACAUACUUCGCGUUAUACGCAACAUAACCAAUGAAAGUCCUCAAACAUCUGAAAGCAAUUUGUGCACGUUAGUUGGUUCCAUACAGUCCAGUCAAGAAGUUAUUUUAUCACCAAACAGAGAAAGACAAGUUGCAGGCAGCAAGUCUGGAACAAAAGGUUGGCAAGAUGGUUCUAAGCUUCCAGGUCACACACUAGGAAACUUAACCCCUGCUGAUCGUCAUGGAAGUGUUCAAGUGGUAAGCUCGACUAAUGGUGAAUUGGCAAAUGAUGAUCCAACUGCUGGCCAUUCCAAUACUCCUAUUACAGCACAAGCUGAAACGGAAAUUGUUGAUGACACUAAAUGUUGUUGUUUUUUUAAACGUAAAAAGAAGAAAACUCCUCGUCCUAAGUGACUAACAGUGGUUAAAUGCAGCUCUGAACGAGAAGCUGUCACGCUGUUACGCGCCACCUCGCACUCUAACUCGCGUGACAGUGCCCUAAAUGUUCCCGUUCCGACCAUUACGUGAGAUUGCAUUAUCCAAAAUAUUAAAUAUUAUUUUGUAUUUAAUUUUGAAACAUCUCUUUCCUUUUUUUUUUUUUUUUGUAAUUAAAUUAAUAGGUUACAAUAUAUUUAUAUCUUAAAAAGAAAAAAAUCAUACUAAAAUAACAUAUAAUAGACUGUUAGCAUUUGGUCACCUGUGCAUUCCGUCAACGAUCAAUAAAAAUAUAUGAUGCCAAGAUGCUUCAAUUGUUGACACUAGUCUUGACAUUAGACAGUAAGACAGUAUAAUAUUCAUUUAUUGCUUUUUUAUUUGUAAAAAAUUAUAUAUAUAAAUGUACAUGAUGAAGAAUUAUCAAGUACAUUCACGUUCUCUUGUUCAAAAGAAAAAAGGACUCAGAAGUAUAGAUUUUAUUUGAUUGGUUUGCUUAUUAAACAAAAAUUUUUAAUUAUUUAUGUCAAAAAAAUAUUUAUACUUAAGUUACCUAAGUAGUAAUUUUUUAUAAUAUAUAAAAAUAAAUGCGCCCUACAUUAGUUCCUGUAAAUAAUUAAAUAAAAUUCCGUUUCAAUUAACUUUUAUAUUAAAAACAAAUAUAUGUAAAUCUAUUUAUGUUAAUUUCUAUUAAGUUUUGGUUCAGGAACACAUCAAUCAAUACCUCACUUACUUUUUCCUAUAACUGCCCAUAAAGAGCUUAAGUAUAUUUUUUUUAAUUAAAAUUUUUUUCUGAGUUCAAGCACUUGGUUCGUCCAGAUUGUAUAAUAAAAUUAUUAUACUAUUUAUUUAAUUAUUAUUAUUAUUAUUAUUAUUAUUAUUAUUAUUAUAUUAUUAUUAUUUUGUUACUCAGAAUAUAUUUAUGACUUGGGUGAGAUUACUGCUCUGUUAAAAUUCAAUCUAAAUAUGUACUUUCUAUUUUUAUUAUUUUUUAAAAUUUAAUAUAACCGUUAAUUUUAAAUAUUUUUCAAUAUUAAUUUGAUGUAAUAUUGAAUAAGAUAUUGUUAUUUAUGUCCCAAAUAAAAAUGAUACAAAUUUUUGGUUGUUUUGUAUUAUUAUUGAAUUAAGUGUAUAAUUUGAAUUAACUGUAAACUUAAUUAUCAAAAUAUAAUUAUGUGAAUGUUUUAUUCUCAUGCUAAUCUCAUCAUUUGACAUUCAGAUUUUUUUUUUUUUUUAAGAUAUUUAUUAUUAUUUAAUAAAUUAAGUACACAUUUAAAUUAUGGUUUAUUAUCGAACAAUUUUAUUCCAAUAAUAGUUCAUAAACAGUUGAUGAGUAAUUUCAUCCAAGAGUUCUAUGAAUAAAUGUUAAAUAUUUCAACCUGGUUUUACUAGUGUGAAAUAUACAAUAACCGAAUGGGUUAAUAGUUAUUUACCGCAUUUUGGAAAAUAAACUGAUUUUAGAAGUUAAACUAAAAGCUUCAAUUAACGUAAGCAUAUGCAUUCAAUUAUCUACAAUUCACAAAAUGUUUAAUAAAAUAAUUGCUUGUGAUGUACAAAAUACUUAUGUAAUAUAAAUAUAUUAUAUAACA